CAAGCAAGCACAGCCAAAAGCCAUCGCGAACUGGUCUUCCUGAAGUGGACAGCCGACCCACGAGAGCUCCCCUGGGCGGGCUUCUCUCGGCAGCGGCGCCCUUGGAGCUUUGGUUUUGGCUCCUCCUCCUCCUCCUCCUCCAAGAAGCAGCGUGGCCUGGAGCGCAUUGGCAGCAUGGGGGACACUCUGGAGGAGCCCUGGUGGGAAUCCGCGGGGCAAACCCGCCAAAGGAGCACCAACAGCAGCUCAGAUCGUUCUGAUGACGAAUCCUUGGAGGAAGCAACUGGACCAAGUAAAGUAAUGAAGCCACCUGCAAACAACAAGCCUGUGUCUUCAAAGAAAAGAAAACAGCAUACUGAAUGCUUUCCUGGUGCAGAAGAAGACCAAUCUAAGGAUAAAAAAGAAGGUGAAGGGAAGCCAAAGAAGCGAAGAAAGAAGAAAAUUUCAGAUAUUCUUGCACAAUCUGCUCCAAAACCUGGAACCCCUGAAGAUGUAAAAAAACUGCUUAAGGAACACUUCGGAGCUAAACGUUCUGUGAUUGAAUUAGAAGAAUUAAAGCUACCAGAUGCCUGUUUCCUUCCUCCCAAUGACCUCACCCACAGUUUUUCCUCCUACCUGAAGGAAAUCUGCCCUAAAUGGGCGAAGCUCCGUAAAAACCACAAGGAGAAGAAGUCAGUAGUGAUGCUGAUAAUCUGCAGUUCUGCCCUCCGUUGUCUGGAACUCAUCAAGUCAAUGACUGCUUUCAAAGGAGAGGGCAAAGUUAUGAAAUUGUUCGCAAAACACUUAAAGAUCCAAGAACAGUCGAAAAUACUGGAGAAAGAUGUCAUCCACGUCGGUGUUGGGACACCUGGAAGGAUAAAAGUGCUCAUAGAGCAAGACAGCCUCAGUCUGGCAGGUUUGAAGUAUGUCAUCUUGGACUGGAACUGGAGGGAUCAGAAGUUAAGAAGAUUAGUUGAUAUCCCUGAGAUAAGAAAAGAAUCCAUUGACCUUUUGGAGAUUGGCCUGAUCAAGCUGUGCAGAGAAGGUUCUGUGAAGCUGGGACUCUUUUAAGUGGGAUUUCAGAAGCCAUACUCCACUUAUUCCCCUUACCUUGCCUUUCCACUGACUAAGUGGAGGCUUCUUGGUUUUGAGAUGCAUGGUAGAAUUCAGUGCGUGAUCCUUUUGUCAUAUUUCAUUCUUUUAUAAUAAAACAACUGGGAAUGUG